AAAAACCCUCCGUCUAUACGCCUCACUUUGUUUUCCGCAAGUGCUGGAAUAUUUUCUUUAAAUGUUUAAAUGGCAUCCACAAGGCGACGCCGCCUUGUUGCGUGCUUUUUGGGAAUACUCCUUAACGCUUUAAUCGGUGUGACAUGCGAAGCCGAGCUCUCCUUCACACUGGAGCCCAGUGACGUCAUCGCCGUACAAGAGCAACCCCUCAUGCUCCACUGCCAGGUGAACGGCAUCCCCCCCAUUUCCAUACAGUGGAGGCACAACGGCCUGCUUUUAACUCAGGAUCAGCAUCACGCCACCUUCGUCAAUGGUUCGCUCCUGAUCGGCCGCUUCCAGAAGACCAAAUCUGAUGGCUCAUCGGACGAGGGCGACUACGAGUGCGUGGCCCAGAAUUCGUUUGGGCUGGUGGUGAGCCGCAAGGCCCGAAUUCAAGCAGCCACCAUGGCAGACUUCCAUGUCCAGCCAGAGUCUGUGCAUGCUGAAGAGUCUGGUGUGGCUCGAUUCCAGUGCCAGAUCCACGGUCUGCCAGAGCCUGUCAUCAGCUGGGAGAAAGACAGCCGCCCAGUGGACACCAAGGACGAGAGGUACACCCUCCUACCUACAGGUGUUCUCCAGAUUACAGGAGUGCGUGACGAGGACAGUGGAAAAUUCUGCUGUGUGGCUCAUAACAGUGCAGGAGUGAAGCACAGCGCUGAGGCAGUUCUCACUGUUUCAGGCUCCCAGUCAUCUGUUUACAAAGAGCCUGUGAUCCUGGUCGGUCCCGAAAACCUUACCCUCACUGUUCACCAAACCGCCAUCUUGGAAUGUGUUGCCACUGGAUACCCUCAGCCCAUUGUUUCUUGGAGCAGACUAGACGGCCGUCCCAUCGGUGUAGAGGGAAUCCAGGUACUGGGCACAGGGAACCUGAUGAUCUCAGAUGUUGGUGUGCAGCAUUCAGGAGUCUACGUAUGUGCUGCUAACAAACCAGGGACUCGUGUUCGUAGGACUGCUCAGGGUCGCCUUGUAGUCCAAGCUCCAGCUGAGUUUGUCCAACCUCCGCAAUCCAUCGCCCGGCCUGUCGGCACCACCGCCAUCUUCACCUGCCAAGCACAGGGCGAGCCUGAGCCCCAGCUCACGUGGCUGAAGAACGGACAAAUUCUGGAGCCCGGGGGACAUGUCAAACUCAGGAACAACAACAGCACACUGACGAUAUAUGGCAUUAGCCAGGAUGACGAGGCCAUCUACCAGUGUAUCGCUGAGAACAGCGCUGGCUCCACGCAGGCCAGUGCCCGCCUCACAGUACUCUGGGCUGAUGGACUGCCCGGUGUGCCCACACAUGUGCAGGCCAAGGCCCUCUCACCAACCACCAUUCGGGUGUCCUGGAGGGAGCCUGAUCAGAACACUCAGGACAUCAUUGGUUAUGUUCUCCACAUCCGCAGGACCUCAGACCCAGUGGAGAUGGAGUAUGAGGAGGCUGUCAGUAAGGUGACAGUGCAGCAGAUCAUCAAGGACCUGGAGCCCUCCACCAGCUACACCUUCUACGUCAAGGCCUACACGUCCCACGGGGCCAGCAAACCGUCGGACAGUGCCACGGAGAGCACUCAUGGGGAGGUGCCCGCGCCUCCUUCCCUCUACACCAAGGUCGUGAACAGCAGUGUUAUACAAGCGACGUGGGAACCUUCCUCCAAGAUGGGCCAACAUCAAGGCUUCAGGCUGUAUUACAGAAGAGCCCACACACCACUGUUCACUGGUCCCCUCAACUUUCCUUGCAACGUCACCCAGUACAACAUCAGUCAGCUGGAUCCUACGCUGGUCUAUGAGAUAAAGUUGCUCGCAUACAACCAACAUGGAGAUGGCAAUUCCACCGUGCGAUUUGUUUCACUUCGGGAGGCGGUGGAGAAAUCUGUGCUGGACGGCUCAUGUGACUGCGUGAAAGACGAACAGAGCAAAACAUCCACUACCGGCAUCAUAAUCGGCAUUCACAUCGGAGUCACCUGCAUCAUCUUCUGCGUGCUCUUCCUCGCCUUCAGCUACCGCGGAAGGUUAAUGAUGUGUAAGACGGUUCAGGCCACCCCCCAGGCAGGGCACAGCGCAGUGCUGGAAUCCUCUUCCUCUUCCCAGGGGGUCUCUGGGCUGAACGGGGCCGCCAGGAGAGAGAUGGAGGUCAACGGCGGCACAGCAGGGAAGAAAGUGGCUGACAGCAAUGAGCUCGAGAGACUUUUCACUCAACCCAACAUACAAGAUACAUGCAUGUCCGACUCGUACAUGCUGAACGACACCCAGCUGUCUACGAUACCGCUGGACGAGUUUGCGGUGGAGCGAGAGACACGGUUCCAGGAGCCCCCUGCAGCAGGAGCGGGUCAGCAGGACCAAGGCUAAUCAUGAAUGAAGGCCAAUUCACACGGCACUGUCCACAGUGUCCACUUAGACUCUUCUCUCACUCAGGUCAACAAGUGUUUCCUUUCAAAGCAUUUUUUUUUUCCUUUUGUGCAAAGAUUUUUUUUUAUUGGUAAGUUAAGAAGUUCUAGAGGAUCUAAGACUGAAUAUGAGAGUUUUUGGCCUGAGGCUUGGAAGAGCUCUCCUCUUAGGGACGGCUGUCUCCAGCUCAGCAGGCCACUUAAAUAUUCGGUAUUUGUGUAAUUUGGUCUUUUCGUUAAUUUUCUGAUGUUGGGCAGCACACAGAAUGGAGACCCCAGAAUGUCCUUGUUAUACAAUGAUGAUUUUAUUUUUAAGUUUAUAAAUAUAUAUAUAAAGAUACAUAUAUAUCUUUAGCAUCUAAUAUGUCAAAGUGGUUAUAAGUUAUUGGUCUUACCUCUACUUUUCUGUGGAUGUCAAAGACUCCUGCUGCCUGCUCUCAGCUACCAAUGAUUCCACCUUCUCGCUCACAGAAGACCUCAGCCUUCGUCCAGGGAUUCAAUAUAUUCUGUCUCAGGACUUUGUUUCAGCGAUAUCAACAUUUUUAUGAGUUCUCGGCCUUCAUACAGGCAUUAGACUUGGCUGUGUGAACCUUACGAUUCAACAAAAACCUACCUCAGCCGGAAUGAAUGUGUUGCGGGAAGCUUUUAGGGACUUUACCUUCCCCUGUGCUCACAAUUACUUAACAUGCGGAGGAACUGAUUGGUCUGAAAAUUACAAGAUCAGGCGCCGCACUACCUCAGAUGUCAAGAAUCGUCUCUGUCUCUCUCUCUCUCCCUCGCUUGUCGAAGCAAAGAGGAAAAAGUAUCCAACAUAAAGCACUUCCAAAUGCUGAAGUUAAUGUUCUACCUCACGAUAGCAAUGUUAAUGUUGUCGCUGUUGUUGUUGUUGUUUGUCUGUUUAUUGCAUAAUGAAACCCCCCCCCCAGUGAAAUCCUGGCUUCCCUCUGGUGAUGAAUAUGGUGUUUGUAGAUAAAGUAUGAGUACCUCAUGCAAGUUGACAGACUGAAAACACUGUUGUAUGAUUUACAGUAUCUUAAGAAAAUGUAUGAAUUGAUGAGCUAUUCUAUUAUAAGCUUCUUUAUUUUAUUUUAUUUCACUCAGAAUAUUUAGUUGCUUCAAUUGAAUGAGAAUACCAUUAGAGAUACACUGCACUGCUAAUUUUCAGGACAAUUUACUGCUGAAUGAGACAUGAUACUUAACGCAAUUUAAUAUAAUAUGCAUACAUCAUAUAUGUCUAAAAUUAGCGCUGUGAUUGAAUUCUGUGUGCCUGUCUGUGUGCAGAUAUGUUUUAAUCAUUUAAUGUUUUCUUACAUAUAUGAUGCAUGUAAAACAAGGAAAAAAACAAAAUAAGCACAAAAGAUUAUGAAAAUGUCCCAACAUAUUAUUCCACUCUUGUAGGGUAAUGACUUAAAGGAAUAGUUUGCCAUUUUGGGAAAUAUGUGCAUUGGCUUUCGAUAUCAUGAUAUCAGUCCGUGUUAACUGUGAAGCACACAACUUCUUUCAAGUACAGAUUUGAAAAAAUGAGAUCUAACAUGUUAAUUAGUGGGCUUUAAAGAUGCUGACAGAUGAUGAUGGACCAACACAGGCUAGCUGUUCCAGUCUGUAUGCUAAGCUAAGCUAAUUGCCUCCCAGCUCCAGCUUCAUAUUUAAAGAAUUAGUUUGGUUUGUUUUCUUUCUGGUAAAAAAAACAACAGUUUGCUGUUUUAAAAGUUGAUUAUGUGUUACAGGUGAACUACUCUGAGAGUAGUUAAUUAGAGUAUUUUACAGAGAUUAGAGUGGUAUCCACCUUUUGAUAAUUGUCUUCAUAAAGAAAAUGAGCAAAUUUCCUAAAUGCUCAACUAUUCCUUUGGUUGAAAUUGGCCGCAGUGUAUUUCUAACCUCAGUCUGGAUCUUUUUUGUUGCUGCAGUGCUCGUAGUGAUUUUAUUUUCACAUCACAUUAUCUCCCUCCUUUUUUAAACACAGUAACAUCUGGUGACCAGGAGACGUGACAGUUGCUGAUCAUGCUUCACUAUUGUUAUUCUCAUCCCAAAACCACAACUGCUGCUCAGCAGUCUCUCUGCUGACAACACUGAGUAGUCACAGUGCUUCAGGAACAUUGUGGUUAUAAUAAUGACCACAGACAGAGAGCAGGUUGAAGGAGAUAGACGGCUGCUGGGCGGUUCCACGACCACAAGGCCUCUUUCUCCCGCUCUUUGCUCUCUCUGUGUUGUCACAUACUGUACAGGACUGGCUCUGAUGCAUUAAAAUUACCAAGGCCUACCUCAAACCUGCUUUUGGCCUUUCUCUCAGGUCUUAAAGGAGGAAACAUAAAGAGUGGAGGUGUACACACACACACACACCUAUAGAAAUGUAUGUAGUGGUAUACUGCAGUUUUCGACACAUGCUGGACAGACAACAAAAUAGUCAGAAAAGGACACACACAGCACACAAACACACAAUUGGAGGGAGAACUUUAUUGGACCUUUAUCUUGUGCACUAAGUAUUAAAACAGUUUAAGUUCGCGUUUAGUUUCUAAUGGAUGUGAAUGUGUAACUUUGGUUUUCAUCAGAUAUUUUUUUUUCAUAUCACAAGUUUAGAACUUUUUUCACUGGUGUUUGACUCUUUAUUCCAUAUGGAAAUUUAAUCUGUGAAUUAGUGAAGGAAACUCAGAAAAGUAAAGCAAUUGGCACCUACAACCACAGUUUGUUUAUUGGCUGAUUUGUGUUUCUGGCUCCUAAAUCUAAACAUGGCGCAGUAACUAUACUGCAUUCAUGUGAUAUCAUUAUCAUUGGUUUUAUGAGUGAGAAAAACGUUUGUUUUUCAGUGUUUGACUAUACAGAAGUGUCAACAAACGGUCACUUUUUCAAAAAAAUCUAAAUGGAUUUAGAAUAAACAAUAAAAUUAACUGUAAAAUGACACAGCAAAGUGUAAUAGUGUGCAGGUGCCACUGUCUUUAUCCACUUUUUUUUCUUUCUUUCUUUCUUUGUUUUUUUUUUUACAUCUAGGGUGUUGAAUCCAAAAUGUUUCCUCACAUCACCUCUCAGAUAUUUCAGUGUAAUCAAGCUAGUUUUCAGUACAUUUGCUAUCUCUCGACUGGCAAAGAUAACAGUCUGGUUACAAGCUGCAGGUCAUGCAGUGUUUCAGAAAGACAUGCCAUUUUGAUUGCAAUUCGUUUAAAAGUGUAAAAGAUGUAAAGAAGUAUCUGAGUUCACACAACUGGCUAAUUUGGGCUCAUUGGGGCUAACGUGUUGGGCUACCGGUGUUGGGUCAGAAUAACAGGUUUUCCAGUUUUCCCCAUUUGGAUGGCAUUGCAUGAACGCAGAACGCGUUUUCAAAAAGGAGUCAUGAAAAUACAAGAGAUUGGAAAAUUAUUUUCAAAAUGCAUAUUUGACUGAUUUUGUGUCUAUAUACUGUGUCAUAUCUCCUUCAAUCAUUCCACAUGUUCGACCUGCCCCCACAGCAGAGAAUCACCUUCCAUCUUUGCGUGUUCUUCAACACUGAGUUAUACACAUCUUAGUGACCAUCGUAGGUACUGUAAUGUUCUGCCUUUGAAAUGUAUUUUUUUUUUAAUUAUUAUUAUUCUUAUUUGUUUGCAGAUUUUCUGCCUUGCAUCAAUUCCUUCUAUUUAAUUGUACACUUUGGUGUUAAUAUCCUUAUCAGUAAUGGUAUUUGUCAAAAUAGUAGAUCAAAUACUCAACCUAAAUGUCUCCUGCUUGUAUAUUUAUUAACUCAGAAUGUGAUAUUUUCUCUCCAGGGCUACUGCAGCCUCAAUCAGCAUUUUUACUUCUGUUGUUUUGAGUAAUUUCAAUGGGGAAACAAGCAGCACGUUUUCCUUAAUUCCUUCCUUCCUUCCUUCCUCUCUCUCCUUCUCUCUCUCUCGGUGUAAUCUAGGGUUAAUCUCCUACUGCAGGAAAUUGCCCACAUGUCCCACCUGUGGAUGUGACAGGUUUUAGUGCUAUACUCUUUAACCUGAUUCACUGGGGAUGUGGUGCAGUGAUGAUCAUGUUUACGUGAUUAGACUUUGAUAGGUCAGGUUGUCAUUUUGCUGUAUAAUAUUAGAGCUUGCGUGAUUUGAUGGAACCCUCAAAGCUAUUUCUCAGUAAUCCACUGGUGCUGUAACUACUUCAGCAGAGGACACCAGAUGAUUCCUUCGCUCACACAGUUUGACAAAAGGGGGCCUUUGGUGUUGUACAUUUUGCAGCCUUAGGAAGUGCGAGUCUGCUCAGUUAGCCAGUGUCCUUUUUCUUUCAUUCAAAAAUCCUGACCUUUGGACAGGGAGGGUGUGCACUCAGGGACUCUCUGAUCCUUUUUAUGUAUAUCAGCAGGCCACACUUGGCCUUCUGGAGGUGAUUUUUCUCUUCACAUUCUGCUUUGUGCCCAGUUCAGACAGAUUUGUUGUCAGGGAUGUCUUCUUUGUUUGGUUAGGGUUAAUGUAUGCAGGCUGUGCUAUGCUAUUGUCCUUGUGUAUAAAUGUUUGAGUCAAAAAGUAGUUUUUAUGGUAGAGUGUGCAGGAUGGGUGCUAGUUUGAGCUGACUAAACAAACAAAUAAAACUUGCCAACUUGUUCAAAUGAGAGAAAAACAACUUACCAUUCUGUUGCAGACUGAGAGGAACGAAACUGAUUUAUAGAUAAACCAUUGUCCUCUGGCUGUCAAGUUCUGAUGGCUCAAACAUGUAUGGCUGUUGUGGCCAAUAACGCAUUUAGAGGGAGCGUCCAUGUUUCAGGUGGCGUUUGACAGUUCAGAGAGGCGGAAACUUUCUGCAAGUGGGCGUGGUUUCGGCGGCUUUAGGGGACAGCGUUUCAGAGCAGACGGUACUACUAAUUUUUUCACAAUUUUAAAACUUUUUUCAUAUACUUAGUGAUAUUUUUAAUCAUUCAGAUUAGGUGGUUAAUAACAUAUUUUUCUGUGGCGUGGAAAGCUCAGAACACAGACUUAGUAAGUAAUGGCAGGGUAAUGAUGACCUUGCAAACACAAUGGGAACAUUUCUCAGAAAAUAGUUCAACUGCCUCCUUUGUGUCCCCAAGAGUCAGGAAAGCAAGGAUGUAAAGAUUAUACAUUAACAUGAGGUUACAGAGGCUGUGGAAAAAUAAUCUGCGACAGUUUCAGGGAAAUCACAUUAACAAGGAGGAUUUGGGUUUUUUUUUUUUUCUUUUUUCAAUUUUUCUCAGUUAAAGAUUACUGCGUUAUGUUGACGUUCAUUGUAGAGCUGAAACAAUUAGUCAAUGGAUCAGCACAUCAACCUGCAGAAAAUUAAUCAGGAGCUAUAUAGAUAAUCAGUUGGUAUUUUAAGUCAUUUUUCAAGCAGAAAUUAAAAAAACAAUUACUUCGAACAUCUUAGGUGUAAGAAUUUGAUACUUUUAUGUAUCAUAUGUGAUAAUGAACUGAAUAUUUAGGGGAUUUUAGGCUGCUGGAUUAGACAAAAUAAUAUUUUAAAGAACUUGGCUUAAGCUUUAGAAAGUUAUGAAAAAUUGUUUUUCACUAUUUUCCUACAUAGACCAAAAGAUUCACGACUAAUCAAUAAUACCAACAAGAUUUAGUUACAGCUGUAAGUCAUUUAUUCAUACUUCUUCCUGUACGCCUCAGGUUCUCACAAAGAAGACACCAUGAACUGGGCAUAUGCAGGAUUGGUUUUACACUGAUUACGGUGCCAGUAUGUGGUUCUAACUGCUCGAGACUGUACAUCUAUCUGUGCAGUUCUCUCUCUUUCUCAUAUGCAUUAACUGAACACAGGUAACCAGAUCGAGGAUCGAGUCAGAAGGACAAGAUAGGCUUCGACUGGCUAGACUGACGUUGUAUCACUGCAUAAUGUACAUUAUGGAUGUAAGUACAGUGUUUUGACUCAGUGGUGGAGGAUGUUGGGGUAACCUCAAUUAGGCUGAAAAAAAAUUCACUGCCAACUCUUUCAAUAAUUGAUGAAUCAUUUCAUUUUGCUGGUUUCAGCUUCUUAAAUGUAAGGAUUUGCUGAUAUUCUUUGUGACUUACAGUAAUUGGCAGUAAAUAAAGAGUCUUUGGGUUUUGGACUGUUUGGACAAAUGAUGCAAUCUGACACCUGUCACCUGGGCCCUGAGAAAUUGUGAUAGGCAUUAAUCACAAUUUGUUUGACAUUUUUUAGACCAAACGAUGAAGCCAUUAAUCAUGAAAAAAAAAAAUUGGCAGAUUAAUUGAUAAUGGAAAAUGAAUCAUUAGUUGCAGCCCUAACCUGAAAAACCCUGACUUGGGUUGCUCCAGAAGUCCAAUGCCUGAUGCAGCUAGCCUCUUCUUGAAAUGCUCUUUACAUUAUGUGGCAUUGAUUGUUGUGGCACCAGAAGACCAUCCGAUAUGAUUGUGAAUUGAUUACAUUUCCCAUGCAUUUAUCUUUGUAGUGUUCUGCUCUGAGACCCCAAUGCCUGUACAUGUCAAAUGAUGCUGAGUUCAGUCAAAUGGUGAUUUAAUGUAAUUGUACUUUAAUGUUUUGAGAUCGGUAUUAUAUUUUAUAUAACUCUGUCAAACAUGCAGAUUGAAUCCAAUGUGUUGGAAGGCGUUUUGGCAGAGAAAAACCUAAAGUAGAUCUGCAUGAGAUACAAAAAGUGUUAGUUAAUCAUUAUGUCACUUGUGAUGGUAACACUGUGAUAUUUAGCCAAAUAAUGGCAAAAAUAAUGUUGUGAUCUCAAUAUGGUGCUAUUGAUGGUCCUGUCUCACAUUGUCGGUCAGUCUGUUUUGAUGGUUUGUAUUGAUGAAAAUAGGUUGAGUGACCUUUUCCUUUGACAACUCUAACCAUGUCUUGCCCUCACUGAUGCCUGAUGAUCACCUCAUCCUCAUCCUGUUCCCACCAGUCAUCUACGCAUGAGUGACUCAGGGUGAGGUCCUGUCAGCCCUGUUACCUUUAAAGUGACAAGUUGUCUUCAUUUUCCCUCAUGUGCUGUGAGGAGAACGUCUGUUCCGUAUUGAUGUUGUCAACACAAUCUAAAGCCGUUCGGUCAGCAGUAAUUUAGCCACUGAAAUAAGAAAAGUGCUCCUGACUAGAAUCUACUCUGCAGGUGAUUGACUCCCCACAUCUGUCCCUUGAAGUUAGUGUCAAGCAUAAAAGUCAAUAAUAAUGGCUCCUCAGUAAAACAUUAUCAUUUAAUUCCACUUACAGAGAUGUGUGUUGUGAAAUCCUCAUGUAUGGAGCACCACGUACCAAAUUUUCUUCACAUUCCUGAUUCACAGUCAAAGCCUCAAUUCUGAAAGGCAAAAGAGCAUUUGAUCUUAAAUGGAAAAUGACGCCAAUACGUUGUUACCGUUUUAAAACAUGUUUGCAUAAGAAUAUUUGACCCUCACUUGCCCAGGGUUGCUGGUUUGUGCCAAGAAUUUUGCUCGUAUGUGUAAAAUGUAAGAACUGUGUGAGAUUGAUUUGAUUUAACUUUAAACUCUACAUAACUUAGUGCCAUCUCUGAUGGUAAGAGGAACAAAAACGUUUAUUGUCCUUUACUCCGGAGCUGAAAGCCAAACUGUGUCCUUAUAACAAUAAAUAUUUAUGAUUAAAUUUAAACCAAUAAAAAAAGUCUGCUUCAGCAAGACAGAUUUGAUCUGGCAAAAUAACCAACCAACCCCACAGCAUAAAACAGUCUUUUCGUGCAUGUUUCUCAUUGUAUGAAACUGAUUGAGAAUGUGUUGUCAUGGCUGCAUGUGAUGAAGAGCCGUGUAGUCAGUGUGCUGCCUCAGUUUUUAACUCGGCAGCGUCAACCACCAGUGAAAAUCUGGCUGUUUUUGUCUUUAUCAUUCUGCUGUAUAUUAACAUAAUAUAACAUAAAACAUCUGAAACUAGCUGUAAGUUGUGGUGGUAAUUUCAAUGCACGCACGACUUGACCUGAAGGCCAGUAGUUGGGUCCUGACACGUUUCUAGAAAUUAAAAAAAUCAGACUCUGUACAAAACACUUCUGUCAUGAAUGCCUUUACUUACUCAGUCUUUUGUUUCUCAAAUUAACUUUUAUUUCCCUCCGUCAUAAAAAUAUUGCUGUCUUGUUUUCCAGUUCAUUGUGUGACGCUCAUUGGAAUAUCUGAGGCAGAAAAGGGAAAUGGCUGCCUGCCGUUUAAUUCUCACUUCACCAGUGACUUUUCGAGUCAUUUAAAAUGAGUGAAACUUCUAUUUAAUCUAUGCAGUCUUAUUUAUUUUUUUAAUCCUGCAGGGUUUAAAUGUGGUGCCAGUCUGAAACCAAAAACCAUAUGCAUUGCCAGCUGUGUAAACUACAUGUUAAUGUCGCAGAAUAAGCCUCAUUUGAAGUGUUACAUGUGUUAAUGUGAUAGCUUGACCAUUAUGGAUGGAACAAAGGGAACGUAAAUCUGUAACGUCAGCCCAUGAUCGCACAUCUGUCUGUCUGUCUGUCUGUCUGUCUCUUCUUAUGUCUGUCUGCUGAGGUCACUGCCUCUUUCUGAUUUUACGGUUUAAUUCAGGUCAAUAUGAGAUAAUUUAAUAAGCAUUCUCAGAGCAUUGUCAGGGAUCACUACUGUAUGGUUCUACACUCUCUCUAGACAAAAGUGUCGCAAUUAUAAAUCUGUAUACAUAUCCACAUAUACAGCGUGCACUGUAUGUGUGUAUGUAUGUAUGUGUGUAAAAAGGCAAAAUAGACCAUUUUUAGUGGUUUGUAUUGUUUUAGGGUUCAUUGUGCAAAACUGAAGAAAAAAAACAAUAACAGUGAUAAUAAACUAGC